GGCGCCGCUGACCGCUUAACAGGUGCACGACUUGGCUGUAUCUCAAAACAAUUAACCCGCGCUAAAACAGACGUAAAAUUUGUGCAUGGAAUUUACCAAGGGCGACAUAUCCAUCAACUUGCACGCUCGUUAACCGCCGUCCCCUGCAACCUCACAAUAAUGACACACAUUCUCAGGAGCCAUCCAACGCUCUUCCUCACAUUCUAAGAUGGCAAUGGUAGGGUGCCAGUCGGGUUUGUGCAACUCUCAAUGGAAUGCUUUGAAUUGCACUAGUAGAGUUGAAGGCGUGGGAGCUUGUCGCAGGGUUUGGAACCGCUGUAAUAUAAAUAACAGCGUUAAUUUUAGAAAAACUAAGUCCAGAUGGAGCAGGGUAAGAGAAGGAAAAUACUGGGGAUGCAGCGUGAAAAGGGUUCUGCAAACACAUGCCAAUUCCAAGGCUGAUGAUUCUUUGCCGUUUGAAAUGUCUUUGGAGAGUGCUUUGAAGGUGCUCGGCGUUAGAGAAGGCGCAUCUUUUGAAGAAAUUAUGAGGGCUAAAAAUUCUAUUCUCGACAGUAAUAGGGACAAUCAGGAGCUUGCUGCCCAGGUAGAGGCUGCAUAUGAUACACUGCUUAUGAAAAGCUUGAUGCAGCGCAGGGCAGGAAAAGUUGUAGAUAACAGCAUUCGGUUUGCUGAUGUAAAGUUAUUAGGUAACUCAGGUAUUGGUGGAAUGCCAGAGUGGCUGAAGAAUUUUUUGAAGAAUUCACCUGUCAGUGUUGAAGCUCCAUCUACUAAUGAUCUAGGCAUACAAACUGGGGUGUAUGGAGCUCUAAUGGCUUGGACUCUUGUUAAUGGAAUACAAUAUUCAGCAGGAGGGCAGUAUUCUAGUGGUGGAGCUGAUGUACCUGGUCUGAUUUUAGCUACUGGGUUUGGAGCUUCACUUUACUUUUUGCGCAAGAAAAAUGUUAAGCUAGGAAAGGCAGCUGUAAUAACUGUUGGAGGUCUCGUGGUUGGAGCAGUUCUUGGGGGAGUAGUGGAAUCGUGGUUACAGGUAGACGUAGUUCCACUAUUUGGUAUUAGUUCACCUGCUGUGGUUGUGAGUGAGUUUGUGCUCCUCUCGCAGUGGUUGUCUUCAUUGUACUUUAGAUGAAAGCUCGUUCCUUCCCCAUGAUGAAGAUACAAAUAUGUACCUUAUCAUCACAUGCCUUGAUGUUAGGAGAUCAGCAGGCUGAGAAGGUUCGUGCUUAUGAGUGCUAGUUAAUCUCUUAAUAUUAAGAGGACCUAAUCUAUGCUUUGGAAUGGCUGAAGCCUGAAAUCAUUUAUUUGUACAUAAAUCUAAUAUGGGUUGCAUUUUAGAGGCUCACAAAAGGGUCACUUGAAAUGUAUAGCCUAACUCAGUCAAUGUAAAAUUCAUUUAUUUUGCAACAGCAGUUUAGUUUCAAGUGCUAGGUGUAGGUAUGACUUUUCAUUUGUAGGAUGAUUUUUGCUGUGUCACAUAUGCAAACAACGAAGUCGUAGAGUGCAUAUGUACGAACAUUGGAAUUUCAAAAUUUUAAAUGUUUUAUAAUUUUUUUUUUAAGGCAAAAUACAUUUCCUAAAUA